UGACAGACGAGUUGUUGAUCAAGUGAAACAACAAUAGCCUCGUCCCGACGAAGUUGUUAUGGAGUUAUCAACACCACCCAGCACGUAGACGUAGAGUUUCAAAAUAAUUUACUUACACACCCCAACGCACGGUAUAGAAAUCCCCGAGAAACAAGAAUGUCUUGUCCCACCACCAUGAGCAAUAAACAAGUUGCAGCGGAGCAGGUGGAGGUUCCUAACAGAACCGCAAGAAGUUCCACGGCGACAACGCCCAACUCCACGGCGAUCCGAGACCAGGAGCAGGAGGGCGGUAGUGCCUUCUACCCGGCGCACCACCUACUGCAACAUCACAAGUCGGAAGCCAAAAAGGCCCGGGUUCUCCGGAAAGACCCGUACCUUGGCCGCAACGUGAGGCGCACGGACCGGAAACGGUACUCGGACCUGUUUUUGGAGGCCCAGGCACAGACGCAACACGCGACGUCUACAGGGGAGAGUCUUUUAAAAAAUCACCCGAACGACAAGAAGGGCGAUAAUUUUCUCCAGUUCCCCGUCGUCACUAUCGAGGACCCUGAGACGGGGACC